GUGUGUGUGUGUGUGUGUGUGUGGGACAUGAGGAUUGGAGGACUUUCUGAGACCGCCACACUCUUCUCUUCACUCUUUCUGUUUAUUUGACAGCACGACUUUUGGACAAAGCAGAAUUGUACUUCAGCAUCGAUGUAAAUAAAUAUGUGGAGAUGGAUUUUAUGAAGCUGAUCGGAACCGUUUUGGCUGUUUGUUGUCAUCCAGGCUGCGCACUAAAAGGCUUCAGCAGUCAGCGCAUAUGCCGGCGAGGUACCGAGAGGCCGUGCUAUAAGAUAGCUUACCACCAGAACAGUUGGUACAGAGCGAGCUUUGAGGAGGCCAGGAGGACGUGCAGGGAAGAUGACGGCGAGCUGCUCAGUAUUGAAACAGAAAGCGAACAGAGGCUAAUGGAGAAGUUUGUUCAAGGCGCGCCGGCCACUGAAGGUGACUUCUGGAUUGGACUUCGAAGGAAUCAAGGGUCCAAAGAGUCAGGAGCUGUAGAUUGCUCAUCACAGUAUUACUGGCUGGAUCAUAGCCAGGCCACCUACAGGAACUGGCUGCUGAAUGAGCCCUCGUGUGGUUUUGACCAGUGUGUGGCCCUGUACUACAGACCCAACGCUCCUGCUUCUCUGAAAAGACUCUAUAUGUACAAGUGGAGUGAUAUCAGAUGCAACAGCAAAAAUAACUUCAUAUGCAAAUACGUGGAAGAAAUAACUCCGGUUCCUACUCCUGCUGGAAAUUCCACUCCUCACUCAGCCAUAACUCUUAAACCACUUCCUGUCACACUGAAUGAUGAAAAGAUAAACACCGGAAUUUCUGAAUCAUCAGUCUCUCUUUCAGAUGAAGCCAUCAACAUUACCUACAUCCUCCUGGCUACUGUACCUGUUCUGCUUGUGAUCAUACUGGUGGUCUCUGGGGUGUUCUGUUAUAAAGUCAUGGCGAGGAAGAGGAAGGAACAAAAUGACAUCUAUGCUGUGCCAGGUCAAUGGGUACCUGCUAGUGCCCUGAAAAGCAGCGGAAGCCCAGGCCCCAAGGACGGUCCCAGGCGGAACAGGGCCCAACUAGAAUACAUGAGCUCAGAAAUCAACAGAACAUUUAGUUCAGCAGACUACGAGAACGUCCCCAGCAAUACCGCUGGCUUUGUCACCAACGACAUAUAUGAGACCUGCAGCACUCCAGCCACCAUGGAGGCAGGAUGGGUGGAUAAUGACAUUUACGGAUACUGAACCUCUCAAGUGAUGUGAUGGAGACCAGAAUCGAGUGACUUCCAACCCACCUGGCUAGAAUUCAUCUCAACUUCAUCUGUGUUUGUGCUUUGACUUUCAUGCAAUCUAGAGCAACCCAAUGCGAUAUGGGGUCCUGUAAACGCUCAUCCCUGAGGUGGACAAUAAUGCCGGCUUCUCUGAAAUGGGCAGUACAAAGAAACACAAAGAUGUCAUCACCUCAUAGCCACUUCCUCUGUGCACAGGAAGAAGACAGUGCAUACGGAAACUCGCACAAUAAUGCCCUGAACUCUCUGCCCAUCUGUCCUGACUCUCCUUUUGCCUGCUCACUCUGUUUUUCAGACUCUGUUGAUUCUGCAGCAGCCUUACUGGUUCAAAGGCAAAAUAACAGCAUUCAUUUUGCUUAGCUUGGAUAUUUUUAAGGUGUUAAAAAUCCUGUUUGCAGCAUAAAAGCAUAAAACUGUCAAUGUUUCACUCUUCCUGUUGUGCUUUAAAAUUAUAGUGAAUGAAAUACAGUCAGAAAUUCUGCCAUACUGUUUUAACCUGUUUGCAUAACAAACAUAACAUAGGAAGGAAUACUGAAUUUUUUCAAUUUCAGGAUUUGUGUAUAUGUGGAAAUACACUACAUUGCCAAAAGUAUUGGGACAAAUACCCCCACCCCCACUGUUUGUGGGAACAGUUUGGGGAUGACCCCUUCCUGUUCCAACAUGACUGCACACCAGUGCACAAUCCAAGGUCCAUAAAGACAUGGAUGAGUGAGUUUGGUGUGGAGGAACUUGACUGGCCUGCACAGAGUCCUGACCUCAACCCCAUAGAACACCUUUGGGAUGAAUUAGAGCGGAGACUGUGAGCCAGGCCUUCUCAUCCAACACCAGUGCCUGACCUCACAAAUGCACUUCUAGAGGAAUGGUCAAAAAUUCCUAUAAACACACUCCUAAACCUUGUGGAAAGCCUUUGAAGCUGUUAUAUCCAUAUUACAUUCAUGUGCAUGUAAAGGCAGACGUCCCAUAACCUUUGCCAAUAUAAGUGUACAUCCUGACAGUUAUGUUUAAUACCUGUUACACUAUGAUUGAAUUCUUCUUAACUCUUGAUUGUAUGGUAUUAUCUCAGAACAAGGUAUCAUUCAAUCUGGACAGUGUUUACAUUUUUACAUGCGUACAUGGUCAAUAUGUUACAUUUACACUAUUUUGCACCUUUGCUAGGAAUUUAAUAAUGAAUUUUUACACAUAGCUGUUUUUAUUAUUAUGUCUGUGUUUAAGUCUAUAGUAAUCAGUCCAACAUUAUUUUACACACACACACACACACACACACACACACUACACCGAUCAGUUAUAACAUUAUGAGCAGUGCCAAGUGAAGUGAAUAAGACUGAUUAUCUUCUCAUCAUGGCACCUGUUAGUGGGUGGGAUAUAUUAGGCAACAAGUGAAAAUUUUGUCCUCAAAGUUGAUGUGUUAGAAGCAGGAAAAAUGGGCAAGUAUAAGGAUUUGAGUGAGUUUGACAAAGGUCAGAUUGUGAUGGCUAGACCACUGGAUCAGAGCAUCUCCAAAACUGUAGCUCUUGUGGGGUGUUCCCGGUCUGCAGUGGUCAGUAUCAAAAGUGGUCCAAGGAAGGAACAGUGGUGAACCGGCGACAGGGUCAUGGGCGGCCAAGGCUCAUUGAUGCACGUGGGGAUAGAAGGCUGGUCCGUGUGAACCGAUCCAACAGACGAGCUACUGUUGCUCAAAUUGCUGAAGAAGUUAAUGCUGGUUCUGAUAGAAAGGUGUAAAAAUACGCAGUGCAUGACGGGUGACCGACACAAUAUUAGGCAGGUGAUCAUAAUGUUAUGCCUGAUCGGUGUAUAAUCAUAUGUGUUGAAUGUCAUUGCAUUUUAUUUAAUUAUACCUUUAGGACUAAUAAAUAUGUUAUUAGUGCAUUGUGGUGUUAGUUUUGCAUAUUUCUACCUUACAUAUUGAAACAUACUAAUACUGUCUGUUACAAAAUGGAUGUUGCGUUUUGUAAAAUACUGUUAAAAAUACUAAAAAAUAAAAAAAAACUAGAGCUGUUAUUACCGAUGUAAUA